UAAUAUUAAUAAUAAUAAUGAUCAUAAUGGAGUCGGCCAUUCCAAACGGCUACAUUUCCCCUCACUUACUUCUCUAAAACCCACAAUUUUUAUUCCCAAAACUACCCUCUCUCUCUAAAAAAUGGGCACACGCUUGGCUUUCCCUCUCCUGCUCUCACUCUUACUCUCACUCCAAUUCCUCCCUCCCUCUCAGGCUUCACUUCGCCGAUCAUCCAAGGCCCAGAACGGCGUCGUCACAACGGAGCUCUGGUGCGUGGCUAAAAACAACGCCGCUGAUGCCGCUCUUCAGUCGGCGCUCGAUUGGGCCUGCGGGCCGGGAGGCGCCGAUUGCAGCCCAAUUCAGCAAGGCGGGCCUUGUUACGAUUCUUCGGAUAUCCAGAGCAUGGCGUCGUUUGCUUUCAACGAUUAUUAUUUGAAACACGGCAUGACCGACGAUAGUUGCCUCUUCGAUAACACUGCGGCUCUCACUUCCUUAAACCCAAGUCAUGAUAAUUGCAAAUUUCCAUCCAGUAUGUCAGUGAGUAAUGGAAGUAUUUCCAGCCCUACAACAGCUGUGGGAUUUGGGCCCAGCGAAGAUAUAAACGGCUGCGAUCAGAUUUACAAUUCUUGGUUAUUGCUCCCCGUUAGCGGUAUGCUGUUCAUGGUAUUUAUAAUUGAUGAACAAUGGCCGUUGCUUUUGUGUUGGUGGCCAGCACCCGCACAAGUGCACAACUUGUAUGCAAAAGCAAAACCCUUUUCUAAUUUGGCAUGUUUCAAGUAAACAGCUGUAGAUUCCCUGAACUGACGGUUCUUCUGUAUUCAGAAACUCGUUGCCCUUCACUAUUGUUGAGUAUUUUGUUUUAUUUUAUCUUUUUUGCACUAAAAAUGUAUCAUUCAAAUCCGAAACAUCGGCCUGUCAAUGAUUUAGUCUAUAUUUUCUUGUUCA